ACGACCCUUAUGGGGUUGAGCCCGUGAUGUCUCCCGAGUGAAAGCGCCCAGCUUUGGCCUGGAGGCUUUGGGGUUGCUAUGGCGACUUGAGUUGGGUCGAGCCGGGCCUGUUCAGACGAAGCGAGCCGUUCCGUCUCUCAAAGAGUCUCUGUUGGGGGUCGCACCUGCUGACUGGAAAGAGCAGAGAUGUAAAAUGAAGGUGCCGGUUGCUGUCAUUCGUCUGCCCCGCGGGCCCGAUGGAUCAAGCCGGGGCUUUGAUCCCAACUCGCUUCGUUUCCAAGCGCUGGGCCCUGCCAGCCUCUCCUCUGCCAUCCCCGGGAACGCAGCGGACCUGGAGCAGGAGCAGCAAGGCCGCGUGGCGCUAAGGGAGCGCUACCUACGCAGCCUGUUGGCCAUGGCCGGACGGCCCGUCAGCUUCGCCAUGUACGAGAGGGUCAACGUCACGGCCUUAUUCGGAGCCUCCGACAUUGACAUCCUGAACUUCCAGGUCUCCGAGCUACAGACGCCGCUGGGCGUUCAAAGGGAGGCCCUCCUCCGCUGUUCAGACAUCAUUGCUUACUCCUUUGAGCUCUGAGGGCUUCUCCUUGCGGCGUCCUUUUUGAUAAUAAAACAUGUUACUGACAA